ACUAAUAUAAAAAGCUUGACAACAUAAAGUUUAAUUUUAAAAAUUUCACCAUUAAAACAAACAUUCUAUACAAUAAACUAUUACAUUUGACUUAACAGUUUGAUCUAUAUCUAUAUCUAUAUAUAUAUUGAGUAAUUAAACAUGUCAUCGCGUAAUAGAUCAAAAAGUCGAACAUAUUAUUCACAAGCUGGUGAUCAUUAUGUGGAUAGCAAAUCUAAACAAUUACUCUUUCAAGAAGCUCAAGUAUGUACAAUGGGAAGAACUAUAUUAAAGAAUAAUGAAGCAUUUGAUGCAAAUGCAGCUGAUAAUUUAAUAGAAAAACAUUUUAAAAGACGAAAAUCACAUGGUUCAAUGUAUUGUUUAGUGGAUAGAGUAAGAUUUCAGAAAAGUAAAUCAACUGGAUCACGUUCAUACAGAUCUGAUCUAACUUAUAGAGAAAUUAAUCGCUUUUAUGAACACAAAAGUCGACCUGAUUGUUUUACAUUAGGAAUAGAAGAUGAAAGAACUGGGAGACGAUCUUAUGAAUCAUAUAAAUAUUCUACAGCAAUCCGUCAAAUUUCGGUAUCACCAACAUACUACCAUGAUACUUCACCUCGAAAUGGUCCAGUUACAGUGAUUACUGUCCCACAUGAGCAUACCAGAUCGUAUGAGAGGACAGUUCGCUCCCCAUCACCAGUGUAUAUUAGACCUGUGACAAGACAGAGUGUACGUCGCUCACCUUCACCUGAAGAUGUCUAUGUGUAUCGGAAUAGUCGACCAGUCAGUAUUGAACGACGAUAUGAUACAAUAGAACCAAGUAGACCACGUAGUGUUACAAGCUAUAGAACCGUAUCUAGUCCAGCGGUGAAUGAUGAAGUAACUUAUCUUAAAGUAGAUAAUCAAUCAGGAGCUCAAAUAUCUCCUAACGGUCCAAUAUACAUGUAUGUUUCAAGAUCAAGACCUGCAGAUGAUUUGGUAUCAUCACCAGAUGUAUCAAGUUAUCAACCAACAAGGAGAAGCAUCUAUUAUAACAGAUAAGUGUUUUUUUCAUAAGACAAACUAUGUCAUAGUUGUAGAGGAUAUGCGACAUUCAUUUUUUUUCAUCUCUGUUUCUUCUCAGCUAACAAACAUUAAUAUGUUCACUUUUUUUAAAAAUUUUGUAACAAUAUUUUCUAUAUAUCCACGAAAUGUUUAAAUUCACUAUAAGUCCAUGUUAUAUAUAUGGAAGGAAUGUAUUAUCUAGUUCAUUCGGAAGUUUCAUGUUAAACAUUUAUGUCUAUUUUCUACCUAUUUUUACUGAUGUAUAUGAUAGUUAAUUUAGGAGAAAAAAAUUGAUAAAAAGUAAACCUCAUACAUGAACUCUAGUAACCAUUCAAUAAAAUAAUUAAUUUGUAACAUUUAAUUUCAAAUUUGAUAAUAAUAUCUGUUUUUUCUUAUGUUCCUUCUUGAAUAUAUUGAAAGAGGAUGAAAUAGUAAAGUGUCAAUGAAGAAAAACUCGCUUUUUCGUUGUGUUUUUAUUGUAUAAUACUUUUAUGGUUUAAUGUAAUAGUAGAUGUAAUUCAGAAUGACAAUAUUACUUUACUUACUUACUUAUUUACUGAUGCCUUUUAUUCCUCGUGAAGGAGCAUAGGCCGCUCACCAGUACUCUUCAUUCAACCCUGUCCUGGUCAAUCCUUCCCAGUUCUUUCCAGUUGUUAUUCAUCCUUUUCAUAUUUGCUUCUAUUUCCCGACGUAAUGUAUUCAUUAGCCUUCUUCUUUUCUGCUUCUCUUCAGGAUUGCAAGUGAACACUUGCCUCAUAAUGCAGUUAUAAUGAUUACUGUAUUAUCAAUAUUAUGAAUGGUAUUUUCAAGUAAUUUAAACUAAUGUUAUUAACCAUAUGACAAUUUUAAAUUUGAUUACAUAACUUUGAAAAGAUCUUUAACAUUCUUUUGUUUUGUUUUUGUUUAUACAUCAACAAAUAAUCUUAUAAAGUGAAAUUAUUCACUAAAUGACAAGAAUCAUUAUGAUGGAUUAUUGAAGUGAAUUGUCAGUGUCUACUUGAAAAUUAAAUACUUUUGUGAAAACGAAAAUUGUGAAAAAAAACCCAAAAAAAAUGACAUUUCAUUAUUUAUUCAGUCUAUAGGUUUGUACACUGUUUUUUUUUAUUUAUUAUUUUGAUGGGAUAUACAAUAAGUUUGUUGUAACCGGGUAUUAUUUAGAUAUAUAUUUUUUAAAAGAA